CAAGUCCUGGACGCCCAUUCCGAUUCUCACUCCGCGUGCCCGUGAAAAAGAUGUCCAACAACACAACAGAGGCCUCCAGCAACGCUCCCCCGGCCCUCCUCGGCCUGUUCCUGGGAAGCAUUUCCCUGGUCACCAUUGUCAUGAACAUGCUAGUGCUGUGUGCCGUGAGAAGGGAGAAGAAGCUGCAGACUGUGGGUAAUCUGUACAUCGUGAGCCUCUCCAUCGCCGAUCUGAUCGUGGGGGCGGCCGUGAUGCCCCUGAACAUCGUGGACCUGCUGAGCCCCGAGUGGCCCCUGGGGCUGGCAGCCUGCUUGUUCUGGCUCUCCAUGGAUUACGUGGCCAGCACGGCCUCCAUUUUCAACCUCUUCAUCCUGUGCAUGGACCGGUACCGCUCGGUGCAGCAGCCGCUGCGGUACCUCAAGUACCGCACCAAGAUGAGAGCCUCGCUGCUCAUCCUGGGGGCCUGGCUGCUCUCCUUCACCUGGGUCAUCCCCAUCCUGGGCUGGCACGUUUUUGCCAACAACGGGCAGAGGAAGGUGGAGGAAAACAAGUGCGAGACAGAGUUCUUUGAAGUCACCUGGUUCAAAGUGCUGGCGGCCAUCUUCAACUUCUACCUGCCCUCCCUGCUGAUGCUGUGGUUCUACUGCAAAAUCUUCAGGGCUGUUCGACAGCACUGCCAGCACCGAGAGCUCAGCAAUGGGUCCCACUGGUCAUCCACGAUAAAAAACACCACACAUCACACCAGGAUGAAGGAUGAGAAAAAUACUUGUCCCCAGGAGCAAACCUUAGGUGGGAACACCCCCGGUGCAAACAAGCAAAGCUCCCCAGAACCCCAAAAAGUGGAGGCAGAGCUUCAUUUCAGCCAUCCUGCCAGGGCUUCAAAGGCCCUGAGAAAUGGGAAGGUUCUGAAGUGGAGCUGUUUCUCUCUCACCACAGCCAAGCCUGAGCCUGGCCUGGAUAAAGCAAGGAAGAGGGGGGCGUGUGCCACGAAAAAAACUGGGAAUAAGGAGCAGCCUGGCUGCCAGGACAGUGACUCCAGCGGGGCAUCAGACAACCACACCUUCACUGAGGUGGCCCCCUGGGCACAGCCCAGGCCCUGCUGCCCUCAGGGAGGGACCGAGCGCAGGGACUCCAGAGGAAUGACAUUCCUGAGGAAAACCUGGCACACCCUGCACGGCCAUUCCAGGAGCAUCCAGCGGCACGGGAACAGGGAGAGGAAGGCAGCCAAGCAGCUGGGGGUGAUCAUGGCAGCCUUCAUGCUCUGCUGGAUCCCCUACUUCGUGCUCUUCAUGGUGAUAACGUUCCACGACCACAAACAGCUCUCAGAACUGCACAGGGUCACCAUAUGGCUGGGCUACAUCAACUCCACCUUAAACCCAUUCCUCUAUCCUCUCUGCAACCAGAAUUUCAAGAAAACUUUUAAAAAGAUCCUUCACAUUCAUUGAUGCUGGUCUGGGGUUUUGGAGCUCAAGUGCAGCUCAGGAGUUUGACCAAACAAAACAUUCCUGUUUCAAAUGAAGGGUACAGUAAAAGACUUUGGCAAACUGUAAUCUGUAAAUAAGUGGUAGUAGAAGUGGGAAAUGUGUAUUUAAUAGUUUUAACUCAUUUGAAGAGCAACUUCAGGUCAAGAAUCUGAAUAACUCAAGGUCAACACAUGAACUGUUACAUCGUUGUAACCGUUCGAGACCACCGCUUCCAUUACAGAAAUGGAGACACAAAUAAACUUCUUCAGUGAUUAUAAAUUAUUCACCUACAGAAAAGGAAGAAAUCACAUUUCUGUCAUUGGCCAAAAACAUUUUUCUCUUUCAACUUGACUUUCCAUUAAACACAUUGCUUGUGAAGUGAGAUUUGCAAGUGGAGGUACUUUGCACAGUCAAAGAAAGAACUAGCAACUGUUUAAAAAAAACUCCCCUAUUUAUUUAUAGCUUCCUCUAAAGCACAAACUUCUCAUCAAAUGUCAAGUUUUAGUGUGUAUCCUACUGUAUCUCUUUGAUAUCAUGCUUAUAUUAACUGGUACAUUAACUUUGCUGAAAAAAGUAAUUUUUUAUGUCCCAAAAGAAUUUCCAUGCUCAAUAUACUGUCACCAUCUGCUCCAGAAGGGUGUGAUGCCGUUUCUAAACUUGCAGAACAUAGUUGAUUAUACAUGAAAUAUGUUUACCUUUUCUACCCUUUGUUUUUAAUUGUAUUUCAUAAAUUUUGUUGCCAA